AUGGUGUCGCUCAAGACUCUUGGAGUCGCUUAUGCGGCCGCAAACAUCCUGGGAGUCAACGCCGGUCUAUGUCGCCCAUCGACCAGGACUUCGUUGAGCGCGUCGGUCACCGAAACCAAGACGUCGGCUCCAGUUGUCUCGACUUCAGCAUCUGAUAGUAGCAUUGCCACAUCGGCAUCUACGGACAAAGCAUCUUCGUCAGAGGAGACAACUGCUACCAACCCUACGACAUCUGGAUCCCAAUCUGUGUCUAGCAGCGAGACUCUCGUUUCCUCAAGCCUGCCGACAACCUUGAUUGUCUCAACUACCCAGGCCUCGAGUGACACGAUCUCUGUCGACCUCACUACAUCUGGCAGCCUUUCCUCAAGCGAUGCUGUGUCCUCUGCCGAGUCCACGACCUCUGGUGCUUCAACCUUGUCUACUGAGACAUCAGCAUCCGUCGAGUUCACAACAUCAGAUGUCCCGACUACUACUGCUGAGUCCUCAACUUCUAGUGGCGUGACCUCCUCCGAAGCUACUACGUCUGAUGAAUCCACGACCGCUACUGAUACUACGACAACUGCCAACCCUACCACCACUGCCGACGCCACAACAACCUCGUCAGAGCCUACAACGACAACCUCGGUCUGUGUUGAGCCUACCGGACUCCUGAGGCGGCCUGGCUUUGAAGAUCCAGAUGUCGGAGAUGUCUGGGGAUUCUACUGGUCCGGUGGCGAUGUUGAAUACGCCCCGGAUCAAGCUCGAAAUGGCGAUUACAUAGGUGUUCUACCUGUUCCUGACGGAGAAGAACGACGUAUGGAGCAGCGUGUUCAUGUAACUCCUGGAAGAGAGUACACCAUCAGCUUCUGGUAUGCUGUCACAAACCCUCCAUCAGUCGACACCCAAUGCACCGUCUUUGCAACUUUCGACUACUACACUACAUUGAAGCAGGUGUCGCUUCCCUCUGACUCGGAAUAUCGCCAGUACACUUCCAGCUUCAUUGCACAGGAUAACCUGGACCCGGCCAUCGAGAUUGGCGUUUCUUGCCCGGGUGUAGGCAAUGGGUACACAGCCAAUGUCAACAUCGAUGAUGCUUCAGUUAUGGACUCCAACAACGAGUGUGAUGCUACUCCCGUGGACCCCAACGAUCCCCCAAAGUCGACACUCCUUGUUCCCGCUGAGCCAGAGACACCUCACUGCCCUGUCAACCUGAUCCAAGUCCCUGGUUUUGAGGCUGAUGUAGAAGAUCAGGCGUGGGCCUUCUACGACAGGGGCGACUUUGUACACGACCAGUCCAAUGCGAGAACUGGAGAAUGGGAGGCACUUUUCCCCAGUGGAACUGCGGACGAUGGCAUCUUCCUACAGCAAAAUAUCGACGCAUCAUUGCUAGUAGAAAACGAACUCUACGAUUACCAUUUCUUCUGGAAGCCCAAGACUCUGCCGGAUGCUGGAGAGUGCUAUAUCUACGCUGGCUAUAACAAUCUUGGAUUCCAAGCGAGAACUCUGGACUUUGGGGCAACCUCGUCGACUGGCUACACUCUCUACUCAGUUCGCUUCAGAAUGCCGGCUGGAAAUAUGCUAAUGCAGAUUGUCUUCUAUUGCGAUUACGAGGAUGACAACACACAGCUUGGAUCAGUGUACGUCGAUGACACGGCACUGAUCAGGGUCAGUGGCUGCGAGGCAUAUCCUGUGACUGGGGCGCUCAUUGAAAACCCAAGCUUUGAGAUCCAAGCUACUGAUGAUAGUACUUAUGCUUGGUUUGGCACCAACGGCAUGAAGAUCAGAGCUGGAAGUACAGCCGAUAGCCCCUCACCUAACUCGGGCGAGAAUUUCCUAUAUGUUCAACUAGAAUCCACAAAGAAGUCAGCCACACUCACUAAGCCACUGGCUAGCUCCCUGAAUGCAGGCUCGACGUAUAAUCUCCAGUUCAACUGGGCUGCUGGAUCUGCAUACGUGCCCGGCACUUGCUCAUUCAAGAUUGUCUUUGGAUCAGUGUCUCAAACUCUCGACCUCGAAGACGGCCAAGUCGCUGCCUAUCAGUAUCAGUCUUAUACCUACAGUUUCACGGCCGGUGACUCGGCUGAGUCCAUGUCCAUCACUGUUGAGUGCACGGACGCAAGUGGGUUCCCCGACUUCGUAUUCGAUGACUUUUCUCUCCAGGAAGUCCAGUGA